UUCUUCUUUGUCAGACUCCACUGUCCUCCCCUACAGCUCCACUCCUCUCGUUUGGCCACUUUUUCCCUCCGGUCUAGCAGCAUUCAUUAAUGAGUGCCUGUUAGGAAUGUGAGGAGAGAGGAAGCAGUAGGAAGAGAGAGAGGUGAGGAAGCAGGGACAAGCGAGAUCCAGACCGUCAGUCCAGAGAAGUUUGUCUGCGUUAAGUGAAGCCAGAGCUGUUCUUUUUCGAAUGAUUCGAAGUUGGCUUCGGGGAUGAGAAUGAGAGAUAUGGAUUUCGAGGAAAAAGAUUCGGGAAGGUACUGCAUAAGGAUCAAGCAUGUGGCAAUCAUCUGUGCUACAGUAGUUGCUGUGGGAUUGAUAGUAGGACUCUCAGUGGGACUGACCAGAUCGUGCAACACUGAGGAGGAUUCGGGGCAGACUCCGCCACCACCUACCAUGAUUCCUCCCCCGGAGAAUGGACCCUGUCCGGCUAGUACCGACGAGAAUGGACAAUGGAGUGAUUUCAGACUACCCGCUUAUAUCACCCCUGUGCACUACGAUCUGGAGAUCCAGACGGACAUGAAAAGUGAUACUUACACAGGGUCGGUCUCUAUCUCCAUCAACGUGUCUCAAGCUACCAAGCAUCUGUGGCUUCACAUCCGAGAAACCAGGGUCACCGAGCGACCGACCCUGCGGUCCUCCUCCGGGCAGCCUGUGGCUCUGGAGAAGUGCUUCGAAUACAAAAAGCAGGAGUACGUGGUGAUCGAGGCCAGAGACACUCUAGAUCCCAGUUCCUAUCUUCUCACGCUGAAGUUUGUGGGCUGGCUGAACGGCUCCCUCGUGGGCUUCUAUAGGACUACCUACGUCGAGAAUAAUACCACCAAGAGCAUAGCGGCAACUGAUCAUGAGCCAACAGACGCACGAAAAUCCUUCCCAUGUUUUGAUGAGCCCAACAAAAAGGCAACAUACAACAUAUCUAUUGUCCACCCACCUUCAUACAGUGCACUUUCAAACAUGCCAGUGGAGAAAAUCGAGGAUAUUGAUGCAGCCUGGAAAAGAACAGUUUUUAAGAAAUCAGUCCCGAUGAGCACUUACUUGGUAUGCUUCGCUGUACAUCAGUUUGACUUCAUAGAGAGGAAAUCAUCUUCAGGAAAACCUCUCAGGAUCUAUGCCCAGAAACAGCAAUUAAAUACAGCGGAAUAUGCUGCCAAUGUAACAAAAAUUGUAUUUGACCAUUUUGAAAGCUACUUUGGUAUGGAGUACGCCCUUCCCAAAUUAGAUAAAAUAGCUAUUCCAGAUUUUGGCACCGGGGCCAUGGAAAACUGGGGACUGAUCACUUACCGAGAGACCAACCUGCUUUACGAUCCCAAUGAAUCUGCCUCUUCCAACAAGCAGAGGGUAGCGGCGGUAGUGGCCCAUGAACUUGUGCAUCAGUGGUUUGGAAAUACCGUGACCAUGGACUGGUGGGAAGAUCUGUGGCUGAACGAAGGAUUUGCCUCCUUCUUUGAGUUCCUGGGAGUGAAUGCCACAGAAAAAGAUUGGAAUAUGCUUGAACAGAUGUUACUAGAUGAUGUCUUGCCUGUGCAAGAAGAUGACUCUUUGCUAUCUUCUCACCCGAUUGUUGUGUCCGUGUCAACCCCUGCAGAAAUAACAUCGGUAUUUGAUGGCAUAUCCUACAGUAAGGGAGCAUCAAUUCUCCGAAUGCUUGAAGAUUGGAUAACACCAGAGAAGUUUCAAAUUGGAUGUCAGAACUACCUGAAGAAAUACAAAUUCCAGAAUGCAAAAACAGAUGAUUUUUGGAGAGAACUAGCAGAGGCAGGUAAUAAGCCAGUGAAGGAGGUAAUGGACACCUGGACCAGGCAGAUGGGAUAUCCUGUGAUUACUGUGGAACUCAGUACCAAAAUCAAACAGAGUCGUUUCCUUCUAGACCCCAAAGCAGAUCCUACGCAACCACCUUCUGACUUAAAAUACACAUGGAACAUCCCAAUUAAAUGGAGUACUAGUGGCACAACAGAUACAGUACUCUACAAUAGGACAGAAAAUUCAGGAAUCUCUUUGGGACCCCCUGGUAUAAGUGAUUUUCUGAAGAUAAACCCAAAUCAUAUAGGGUUUUAUCGUGUCAAUUAUGAAAAUUCAGCUUGGGAUGCAUUAGCAAGAAAUCUCUCGAAUAACCACAAGGAGUUCACUCCUAGUGACAGAGCGAGUUUUGUUGAUGAUGCCUUUGCUCUGGCAAGGGGUAAACUUUUGAGUUACAGUGUUGCUCUCAACCUGACUAAAUAUCUGCAGAGUGAAGAAGAUUAUUUACCCUGGCACAGAGUCAUUGCUUCGAUAUCCUACCUCACCAGCAUGCUAGAAGAUGACAAAGAUGUCUAUCCCCGGCUGGAGAAAUACUUCAAGGAGCAAGUGAAACCCAUUGCCGACCGCCUGGGAUGGGAAGAUAGAGGAUCACAUCUGAAUAAGCUCCUUCGGGCAUCAGUCCUAGGCCUCGCAUGCAAGAUGGGCGAUGAAGAAGCUUUGCAAAAUGCUUCUAGCUUAUUUGAGAAGUGGCUCACAGGUAUAAGCCAACCCGUAAAUCUCCGGCUCCUGGUUUAUCGUUAUGGCAUGCAGAAUAGUGGCAAUGAAACAUCCUGGAACUACAUGCUUGAGAAAUACAAGCAAACUACAUUAGCUCAAGAAAAAGAAAAGCUGCUUUAUGGGCUAGCAUCAGUGAAGAAUGUUACCCUUUUGUCAAGGUACCUGGAUUACCUCACCGACACCAGCAUUAUUAAAAGUCAAGAUGUGUUUACAGUCAUUCGGUAUAUCUCAUAUAACACCUACGGCAAGGUUAUGGCUUGGGAUUGGGUGCGACUCAAUUGGGACUACCUGGUCAAAAGAUAUACGCUCAACGACAGAAACUUGGGCCGCAUAAUAACCAUAGCAGAACCAUUCAACACCGAAGUCCAGCUCUGGCAGAUGGAGAGCUUCUUCAAGAAAUACCCAGAAGCUGGGGCAGGAGAAUCCCCUAGAAAGCAAACUCUUGAAACAGUGAAAAACAAUAUAGAGUGGCUGAAACAACACAGAGAUGAGAUAGACGCAUGGCUGCCUUCUUAAAUUUUCCAGUGGGUAAAGCCAAAAUAGUUGCUCAUAGGCCCCUCUUUGGAAGGAGGUGUAAAUUCAGAUGAGUGGGACUUCCAAAAUGAUUGGAAACACAAGGAAAUCACCCUGGGCUCUAGUUUGCCACCCUUUGGCCUCUCCCUUCCAUUUGAAUUUACAACCCAUUCAGCAUAGAAAUAAAUCAAGCUCCCUUCACAUACUUCAGUUGGAUGAAUUUGUUGUUCUUUUUAAAAUAUUUGGGAGUUUGACUUGCAAGUUCUGUGUGAGGAGAGUUAGAAGCACAAAUACUCUUGUUUGCUAGAUGGUUUGUGUUUGUUUGCUCCUCACUCAAAAAGCUUUAAACCUGUUCCUCUUUGUUUAUGCAUAAAAGAUACCCACCAGAGUAUUUAAUACACUCAGGGAUCCCAUCUAAGUGUACUUUAGAGAAAAUCCUUUCCAAGGGAAGGGAAUAUGAUAAUUUCAUUUCAGUGGGCUUUCAAUAUCGUUCCUUAUAUCUUAAACCUGUGAAAAUAUAACAUUUUGAUUUUAGCUUUACUUUCCUAGUACCCAAGAAACACCUCUUAAUCUUCUCUCUUGAUUGAUUUUUAAAAUUUAAAUACCAGUACUUGAAGGACCAAUAUCAUCACCUUAAUCUUUAUUUUAUUAUUCAGAAUUCUUCAAGCCUAAUAUCAUUUUAUUCAUAUUUGUUUUACUACUUUAAAUCCUGUCAGAGUAACAGGAGUUUAAGUCUUACUCAGCGAUUGUAUGAAUUAGCCAGAGCAAUGGGCUAACUUUUCUUUGCUUUCAUAAAAUCAACAAGAUAACUCUCCCUUCCUUUUUCAAAUAAAUUUGAAAAUUUUCCUUUGUAAAA